UAUAUUGCGCGUGCGCACAGUCCAUGCCUGUCGAAGCUUUUCUGUACUCACCCUUACCGCGCAUGCGUACAAGUAACGGCCCAGACGAUGAAAAUGGCCGACAUGGAGUGCGAGGUUGACGGCAAGAGUCUGGAUAGCGGGAAAGAACGCGAAGGAGAAGAUGUUGAGAGUUCAGAAAAGAGUGGCAACGAGGAGGAGAAUGGUGACGUGUCUGGAGAAGAGGAGGAAGAAGAGGAGGAGGAAGGGCAAAAGCCUGAGGGUGAACCUAAACACAGCAGCAGCAACAAACACAAGAAGAAGAAACGUAAACACCGCAGUAAACACAAGAAACAUAAGCACUCCUCCCCUGAAGACAAGGAACGGAGACACAAGCACCGACACAAGCACAAGAAACACAAGCGCAAGGAGUCUUCCUCUUCAGCGCUGGGUAACAGCAAUGCCACUGGGGGCAAAGAUGAAGGUUCUCCCUCAAGCAAACGGCCCAAGUUUGAUGAUAUGGCUGUGCUGGAGGACCUUGAGAAGCAGAGGGCCAUGAUCAAGGCUGAGCUGGACAAUGAACUGAUGGAGGGGAAGGUUCAGUCAGGCAUGGGUCUGAUCCUUCAAGGUUACAACUCUGGGUCAGAGGAGGAGGGUGAAAUCCAGGAAAGAGCAAGAAAUGGUGAGCAGCCGCCACAGAGAGGAGGCGCUACAAAGACCCUUACUCCCAAGGGGCAGAGUAACACGCAGACCAAGGAGGCCAAAGUCAGGCGAGAGUCCACAGACGCUGGCAAAGCUGCAGCCAAGCGCCGCAGCAGAAGCAAGUCCAGGGACCGUUCCAGCAAACAGCACAAGUCUGACAAGAAGAAGGCCAAGAGUGCAGCUGAGGCACCUGUCAAGGAGAGGGCAAAGGGGCGCAGCCGGUCCAGAGACAGGAAGCGCUCACGAAGCCCAGACCGGUCCAAGGACAGGAGCAGGAGAUCCAAAAGUCCCGUUAACAGGAGACGUUCCUCCGCAGAAAGAAACCGUCGCUCUUUGUCUCCCUCAGGGGAAGCUGAGCGGAAGAAUCGUGCCAGCAAACGAUCCUCACCACCAGCCCAGGUGGCACAAUCGGGCGAUAGCCGCAAUCGGGACCGCGGGACUCGCAAGUCCAAAUCUCCCGAGAGGAGGAGCCGUUCACGGGACCGUCGCUCCAGGUCCCGAGAGAGGAGAGCCAGGCAACUGGAGAGGGAGAAGGAGCGGGAGAAGGAAAAGGAGAGAGAGAGGGAGAGAGAAAAAGAGAGGGACAAGAAGGUGACCAAGUCUCCUUCUAAAGAUGCCUCAUCUGGGAAGGAGAACCGCUCACCCAGUCGCAGACGGGGCCCCAGCCCCCAGCAGCACCGCAGCUCCUCCCCCCGGCGCAGGGAUCGACGCUCCCCCCAACCCACCUCUAACUCUCAAGCCGCUGAUAUGAAGUCCAAACAAAGGUCAUCCUCCAGAAAUAGGUCCCCGGUUCGUAGAGGGCGGAGUCGCUCUCUGGAACGCAGGCGCAGGGAAGUUGAUCGCCAGCGCCUAUCUCCAGUUAGGAUGCGCUCCCGAGACGAGGCAGGGACACGCAGGGAGGCCAGUCCGGUCCUAGGGGCCCGACGCAGACUCAGCCGCUCACCGCUACGACGCCGGUCGCGUUCCCCUCGGAGACGCAGCCGGUCCCCAUUCAGGCGGAGGUCACUGGACCGUGACCGGCUGGGCCGCAGGCAACGUUGGCGAUCGGGGUCGCGAGACAGGCGCAGGCGGCGCAGCCGGGACAAGGAGGACAAGUUUAAGGGCAGCCUGUCGGAGGGCAUGAAGGCGGAGCAGGAGGAGUCCGACGACGAAGUGCUGGAGGACUACGACGUCGAUGAGGAAGAUGAGGAGGCCGUUAUUGAACAGAGACGCCUGCAGAGGCUGGCCAUAGUGCAGAAGUACAAGACCGUGAAUGAGGACAGUAAUAUGUCGGUGCCGUCAGAGCCCAGCAGUCCACAGAGCAGCACGCGCAGCCGUUCGCCAUCCCCCGACGACAUCCUGGAGCGCGUGGCCGCCGACGUUAAGGAGUAUGAGCGCGAGAACGUGGACACGUUCGAGGCCAAUGUGAAAGCCAAGCAGAACCUCAUUGCUCCUGAGAAGGACGGAUCCAAUCCAAAAAAGCCAUCGGCCCCCGACAUGUUCACUGAAUCAGAUGACAUGUUUGCUGCCUAUUUUGAUAGUGCAAGGUUGCGAGCAGCAGGCAUCGGAAAGGACUUCAAGGAGAACCCAAAUCUCAGGGAUAACUGGACCGACGCCGAGGGUUAUUACCGAGUGAACAUCGGUGAGGUGCUGGAUAAGAGAUACGGCGUGUACGGCUACACAGGCCAGGGAGUUUUCAGCAACGUCAUCCGGGCCAGAGACAUGGCCCGGGCGAACCAGGAAGUCGCUGUCAAGAUCAUCCGCAAUAAUGAGCUCAUGCAGAAGACGGGGUUGAAGGAACUUGAGUUCUUGAAGAAGCUCAAUGACGCCGACCCAGACGACAAAUUUCACUGCCUGCGCCUCUUCCGGCACUUCUACCACAAGCAACAUCUGUGUCUUGUCUUUGAGCCGCUCAGUAUGAACUUGAGGGAGGUGCUCAAAAAGUACGGCAAGGACGUGGGUCUGCAUAUCAAAGCCGUGCGCUCCUACAGCCAGCAGCUCUUCCUGGCUCUCAAGCUGCUGAAACGCUGCAACAUCCUGCAUGCUGACAUAAAGCCCGACAACAUCCUGGUAAACGAGUCCAAAACCAUCCUCAAGCUCUGUGACUUUGGCUCUGCGUCACAUGUGGCUGACAACGACAUCACGCCAUACCUGGUCAGCAGAUUCUACAGAGCACCUGAAAUUAUAAUCGGGAAGCCCUACGAUUACGGCAUUGACAUGUGGUCUGUGGGCUGCACGCUGUAUGAGCUGUACACAGGCAAGAUCCUCUUCCCUGGAAAGACCAACAACCACAUGCUGAAACUGGCCAUGGACCUCAAGGGCAAGAUGCCUAAUAAGAUGAUCAGGAAAGGGCUGUUCAAAGACCAGCACUUCGAUCAAAACUUGAACUUCUUGUAUAUUGAAGUAGAUAAAGUGACAGAACGGGAGAAGGUGACUGUGAUGAGCACCAUUAACCCCACCAAGGACCUGCUGACGGACAUGAUUGGCUGCCAGCGGCUCCCCGAGGACCAGCGCAAAAAAGUGGUCCAGCUCAAAGACUUACUGGAUCAGAUCUUGAUGCUGGACCCAGCCAAAAGGAUCAGCAUAAAUCAAGCCCUGCAGCACCCUUACAUUCAGGAGAAGAUCUGACCAAGCUGCGCUCAUUCUAAGUACAGUUGGUCUGGCAAACAAAAUCACAGUAAAUGUGUUAGUCACCACAAAGACUCGAUGGAAGAAAUACUUUUUAAUGUAAUGUUUUUCCCAUUUUGAAGGACAUAUCUGUUUUUAUUUUUAUCAAUUUCUCAUACAACCAAAGUAGGGGUCCAAGAAUAAAGUAAAUGUACAUAUUUUCCUUCUCCGAGGACCUGCAAGAUGUGAAGUGAAACGACUUCAGUCUCAGUUCAGCUUUUGUGUUUAUGGGCCACGCAGAGUAGUUAAAGUGGAGGAAACCUGCCCUUUGUUGUGAUACGUUUAAUUAGUCCUGUUUCUGAAGUGCUCGUUCUUGGGCCCUUGCAGGUGUCUGGUGUCGGAGGAUAUGAUGUAAAUAGGUUUAUCGUACUGUUCAGGUUGUAGGGAAGGUUUAUUCUGAAACAGGUUGCCACGGCUGCACAGAACAGGAAACGGAGCGAUCCUAAUGAUUGUAUACAUGUUUUCACAGUUAGAGUAUUUUGUUAAGCAUCCACAUAUACAGCUCUGUGAUGGUGUAUAUGUCAAAUGUGUGGUGCAGACCUGGCAGCUCUUGCUGUGUGUGGUGCAGACCAGCGUAAAUGCUGUCUAUAUUCGCAUCUCCCCAGGUGAGUGCGCAGGCCCGGCCGCAUGCCCCCGCUGUAGCUCUGUGCCGGAGGGGGUCUUGUGUCCUUCUUGAGCCCGCCUGCAGGGACGGCCUCCUCUGUUAAGCAGGUUGUGUACCACUUUCAGUACACUGAAGGUAAGCUCCCCCCCCCCAUCACCCUCACUGCUGUCCUCGUGCGCUGGCACGCCGUAGUACGCGGCCCGGGAGCGGCUUCCUGGAGGCCUGACCUCCCUAGGCAUUCGUUUUCGUGCCCGUUGCAUGUUCUGUGUAAAACGGCAGAGAGUGCAUAUCUCCAUGAAAUCCCUUGGCGGUGGGCUACACAUGUAAAUAUAAUCUGAGACCAUUUAAAGCUGUACUGCUCGCUUUUUUUUGUUGUUUAAAAGCAGGGUGGUAACAAGUCAAAUGUGUAGCUCUAAGGGGUGGGCGGUGCUGAGUAAGCUGAUGGAGGAGAGUGCCUUCAGUGUACUGCUUUUAUUCAUAGAAUUUCUCCAUUUUCACAGCUGUUUUGCAGUUUAGUAAAGUGCAGGCUUUUCCCCCUUUUCUUCUUUAGCUUUUUAAAGAUCCCAUACACCGCAUGUGAAGGCGUAAGAAGGUAGCCUGUCCCACGUCCUGUGUAACAAUCUUUUAAUCGUGCACUUUUAUACAAAAACUAAAGUUUUUCUGGAUUUUUUUUCAUUAUGUUUGUGAUCAUGUUGUCUUUUGAUACAGGGAUAUUCCUGCUCUGAUCUUUGCUUCUGCUUGUUACAAGCGGUAAUUGCCUCUUUACUUUUUUCCCCCUUGUACUGUUAAUCCAUUUCUGGGUAUCCUGAGGGAGGUAGACAGAACCAAAAGUGUAGUAGUACAUGCGGUAUUUUUCUUUGUAUUUUCAUCUCUUGCUUCUUGUAAUCGCAGAAGUCUUCCCUGCAUGUGACUGGACGGUGCAGAAUUCUUGUGAAUUCACAAUAUGCGUCAAAAGCUGCGUAAAAUAAAGUCUUUUUGUGGGAAAAAAAAACACCAGUUUGUGUUUGCAAACCUGAUGUUUGUUUUGUUUUUUUUUUUCUUUCAGCAUUUAUUUUACCGUUCAGUUUGGUCUGUGAUGUAGGCCACAUAGAAAGAAAUGUAGAUUGCGUAGCGUGGCUCAGUGUCAGGCUGUGAGGUAUUAGGGUGGAACCCCAAAUGUUCUUCUCCUGAUACUAAUGAAUGUUUGUGAUGUUUUUCCCACUGUUCCCUGUGGUCGCUGAGCGAGAAAGAAAGCAAGUUAAGCCUCCAGGCCAGGGGGCGCUCUGCAGCCAGCCACUACAGCCUCCUGCUUCUCUGAAAGAGACGAGACCUCCAGCUACUUAACAAGGUCAUUUCUGAUGGCAUGUGUAGAUUAAAAAAAAUAAACAAACUUUUUUUUUUUUUUAAUGUGCAUCACACAAACACAUACUAAUGGAUGUCGAGUCCUGAGUGCUUUAAGACUCGCGUUCUCGCUUUUUGUGGCCAGAUGCUGGAGUAGCAUAAAGAUGUCUGACAGGACUUGGUGCUGUUGUCCUCAAAAUGGUUGUGUAUAAUUCUCAGACUUGCCAGGUGCUCUAAACUUGCUUAGUCGGUCAGUAUCCAAAGUGAUUUUAUUCUGUUUUUUUUUUUUUUUUUUUUGGUCAGAAGUGACUGGUUCUCUUUUUUUCCCCCCGUCUGUGAGAGUCAUCCCCCAAUCCCACGCACCUGAGAUUUUGAGCUCAGUCAGAUACCUGUCAGCCAAAGCCACCCGUGGCUUGCUGUAGCGCAGUCCGGUUUGUGUGGGACCUACUGUUGCCCUUUUUUAAAAUUUUAUUUAUGUAUUGUCAGAGUAAAAAAUCAUCAUGCACCUUGCCAUAGAAAUGGACCAAACUGAACCCACUUGAUUCCCUCUUGUUACAAAUGUUUCGGUACAAAUGCGUCAAGAUACUCGUUUAUGUGUUCUCUGUAUUCUAGGUGCAGUCCAUUAGAAGACAGUCACAGGGAACCUCAUCUGGACUAAGGUUUCUGUUCUAGAAAGAGUUCUGUUGAGCAUUUUGUUUGAGAAUUCUAUAGGCCUAUAGACUUUUUUUCUUAGCAAGUGUAUUGCUGUGGGUGAAAGCAGCUGAAGUUGAUAAUUUGAAGUGUUUGUCUUGAUGGAAGUACCACUCUGACCAUAAUAUAGAGAGAACAAUAUUGAGAAUGUCACCCGUAGCAAUUUGUACCAAAUAGUUUCUGCAAAAUACUAUUAAUACAGGGGAAUGGGCAUUGAUGUAUGUGAGUACUGAUGUGUGGGGUGUGCCCAUUUGGCUUAUAUGCCGAAUAAACCUCAACAAGGUAAUGCUUCUUUUCUCCUGUUUGACAUUCCACGUUGCUUUUAGGUCACAUGGUUGACAAACUUUCUUCUGUUGUCCUUCCAGGGUAAGCUGCUGUUCAUCCUGUCAUCUGAUCACACAAGACCUCACCCAGAGAGCCUGAAACAUCUGAACAGUUUCAUUUGUGCAUCAUUUUCAGCAGCUUCUUUGCCCUGUGCUUGGACAUUUCAUCCAGCUCCUUAGUUGCAUACAUACUCUUAAUACAUACUCUUACUGUUAAUAUGUACAGCUUUGGGUAUAUUGUACAAUAAACUGCCUUUUUAUGGAGAAA